UAAGUAAUAUCCUGCCCCUUGCAUUUUUCGUCGUCCGGGGACAAUUGUCUGUAGGUGAGCGAAAGCCCAAGGGCCGUCUGUGGCCCUCAUUUCAAUUAAACGAUCACAGAGGACAGAUAAAUCGCGACCAUCAACUGCUGUUGCCACCGUGCUCCACAUGUGACCGAGCAGACAGAGGAGGGGCGGUCUGUCUCGUGUAUAGUACCGUGGAACACCGAGUUCUAGUCAACGUAUCUGGGAAGCGGCAGCAACGGCGAUACCGAGAAACAGAAGUCGCCGAGACACAAGAGACACCUCGACCCGGCUGCGAGCUAGUAUCCCUUAGCGUUGAAACAGCAUCGUUGAAACAGAGCCAAGGACGAGCCUUUGAUAUGCAGAUGUAGUUGUUGUGAGAGCUUGCCGAGCCAAGGACAUUGUCAGUACAGCAGGAAAGGAGAUGAGCACCAAGAGGAAGGCAGAGAGUCACUCAAGGGCAGCAAACAGACCACUCAACAUGAAGUCUGGAGACUCCCGGGCUGAUUCAGAGAGAGACUCUGGAUUCUCAGAUGCAAGCUCAGAGCAUAUGAGCGCAAUGGACACCACAGACUCUGAGGACUCACCCCGCCCUGUUUUACAGCAGGGACCACAGAUUUCUGGCUCGGGUCCCCGGCCCUCUCAACUGGCUGUGGUUGGAGGUUCCUACUCCAGGCUUUCACCUAUGAUCAUCAUGAACAAUGUCCUCCUGAAGCAGCCUGGAGACAAUCCUCCUCUGAAGCCCUGGGGGUUUAGUCCAACAGUGGAGGUAGUUCAGCCUGUGGUUCAGCCUGUGGUCCAGCCCGUGGUCCAGCAGCCCCAGGUGGUCUUCCUCCAGCCUGUGGUGUCUCAUCAAGCUUCCCCUGCCUCCAAAGAAGCCACCUCCAGACACAGACGCCCUAAGAAAUAUCUUCCAAUCCUGAAAUCCUACCCCAAGAUUGCUCCACAUCCCGGAGACAGCUCCAGUUCCUCAGGGAGAGGAACUGCUUCCCUGUCUUCAUCCACCCCCUCGUCCUCCUCUUAUUAUUCCUCCUCCUCCUCUUCCUCCUCUUCUGGGUCAAAGAGAAGUAGCAGUCUGACCUCCAACCACCGUGAAAACGGCCAUAGAGAGAAACAGCCACGAAGUCUGUGUGGUAGCACUAGUAACUCUGGUUCAACCAUUUCCAGUCUUCUUGGUACCCCCAGCACCAUGCCUCCUUUGCUCCAGAGCCAAUUUUCUGUCCCUACAACAGACACCAGCAGUGGUAGUAGUCCUGCCAGGGAGAGGCCUUCAUCUACUGUCAGCCAGUCAGAGUUUACCACCUCCCUCUCUUUCACUCACACCACUGGUUCCAAAAACCAGACACUCCCUGUUCCCCAGAUGGGAACCCAGGAGAACAUCUCACCAGGAGAACUUGACCACAGUGAUGGUGACGCUGAUAUACGCAGGAAGCGCUUCUGCAACACCUACAACAUCCUGAGUAAAUCUGGCCUGCUAGACAUCACGCUUCGCACUAAGGAGCUCCUUAGGCAGAACCGACGCACCCAGAACGACCUAGACCGGCUGAAAGAACACACAAACCUCUUCCUUCAGGCUCUGCAGAACGGUGACUCCAGCAUCUGUGUCAAACUGCAGGCCAGUCUUCAGGAGGAAGACAGAGAGGAAGAGAGCUGCUCAGACCAGUUGAAAGGCAGAUUAGACCUAGACUAGUGCUAGACAGUAAGCCUAUAGACUGAUUUGGGGAAAGGAAAGCCAGGGUUGGGGGUUGGGGUUUGGAGCGUACAGAGACAGAUGGACUGAAAGUAAUGUGCUCUACAAUCCACACCCCCCCCCCCGACUCUCUCACACAGACAGUGUGCUGUGGCCUACAUUUUGGCUGUUGUGUGCUUCACAACCCUGACACACCAAGCCAGCCUCAAAUAAUUGAUGCAGAUGAAGGCUUUUCUGUUAAAAGUUGCACUUGCAUUCACUCAAUGCAACACUAUAGUUGGUGGGCACCAACAUGCACAUACAUUUGCUCCUGCAUGAGAGGAACUAUUUUAGUUGUUGAUCUGUAAUUCAGGAAACAUCAUGGAAAGAGAAGUAGAGCAAUACUAGCAAUAUUGUGCCAGUUUGGCAAAAUGGUCUCAUAAUAUGGUCAGAUUAUGAAUUGAUAAUAUCAGUAUGUCUCUUUAAAAGGUUGCCUGUAAACUUCAGUCAGUCUGUAGUGUUUAACCUGAAGGUGAAAAAUUGCUAAUGAAAUGCUAGGUGUCUCUGAUCUGAUUCAUACAAACUGCUGCAGUUAUGGUCCAACUUGUGCCAUCAGUUAAGGACACAGUGCAAAAACAAUGGAAGAUGAUCAGCCUCUCACAUUAAGUGUCGGCUUGGUGUGUCAAGGACCAGAGGCCAGAAUCAGUGCACUUGGCUCUGCUCUGCUGAGCCUGACUAGCUCUCUUCCAUGGAAACUGUCUCUCUGUUGCACAGAAAUCAUUUGCUCAUUGGCAAUCAAGACCCAAAAACCCUGAGAGAUUUGGAUCUAAGGAAUGAAGGGAUAAAUACAAAACCUUUUUUAAAAACCAAAUGCACAAUACAGGCUCAGAAUCUGAAAGCUUGAUUAAAACCCACAAGAGUGGAUAUUUCAACUUUAAGAGAGCAUGAUGAGGUGUUUUCAUCUAAAACUAAAAAUACCAAUAUAGUAAUUGUUCUGACAAUAUGAAUUGGGUUGACAUUUUUGUAGUUUUAAAAUGUGUGUAUUCUUCAUGGUAUUACUUUAGCAUACACAACAUACACUCCACUGGUCCUGAUACACAUCAGGACCAUACACUCCACUGGUCCUGAUACACAUCAGGACUGGUCCUGAUACACAUCAGGACCAUACACUCCACUGGUCCUGAUGUGUUGCUUCACAGCCACCUAGUUAACAGCCAGUACGUGUGUGCACAACCUGAAUUUAUGUAGGAGUUAUCAAUUCUGUAAUAUCUAUGAUUAUGACAGGCUCAAGGAAGUGUUUUCAUGUCACAUUGAAUGUGUUCAGGGCCUCUUGCCACUCAGCAUCUUCAGACAGACAAACAUGUGCCUAAAGUGUCUCUUUAGCUCCUUCUGUGUUUUAAAACUUGAUGUGAAAGAUUUGGCGCAGCUCAUUGAUGGUUUCAAGUUUAGCAUUCCCAUCAUGUUGAUGGCAGCUGUAAAACAGGGCAAACUGGCUGGAGGUAAAGCUCUUAACAGCCAUUUACAUGCUUCCCAAUAACAUCUCAGUGGAAACGGUGCUUCCAAUAGCUCAACCAUAUUUAUCAGUAACUUGUGUAUGAAUUCUUAAAUUUUUGUGUUUUUUUUUUACAUACAUAUAUAUAUAUAUAUAUUAAUAUGGAUGUAACUUAACAUGAAAUGUCUGAAAUGUAUGUGCAAACCUUUUUGAUUUCACUAAGACAACUAUUACGUGCGUUUUUUUGAUGAAGACCAGUUGUUGUGCAUCAACUUUAGGCCUCAAUCAUCUUACGAUUUUUUAGUUUUGAUUGAACAUAAAGUCCAGCAGUUACCGUGUCAGAAUUGGGAACAGUUGUGUAGGUUUGUGUUGCUUUAUUACCUCUCUGUAUAUUCCUGAAUUAUGGCCUUAAUAUCCAAACCCUGUAUAUGUCACAGAACUUUGCAUUUGCACUAAAAUAAGAGUAGCUCUGAAGCAAUUUCUGUGCAGAAUUAAACGGCAGCUAUGGUAGCUCAUUUGAGGUGGACUGCAAAGGUUUUUUUUAAGUUACUUGAAGUGCAUUGUGAGUCAGCAGAAGCACACUACCAGUGUAUAUAUACCACUCCUAUAGCACAGCCAUACAUAACAUUUACAUUAUCAGAUUAUUACUUGCUGUUUUAAUGAUAAUAUUUGAUGUAUUGAUAAUGUAUGUGCUGUGCUUAUGUUAACUUAAAAAGGCUCACAAGGAACAUCUCAAACAAGGGACACUUUCUAUUCUUUUUCAUUUUUGCCAUCUUAACCUAUGUACAUCUGAACAUAAAUACAAUUUAUUUUUUAAAAGGCUCGUAAGGAUCAUGUAUUCUGUGACAAAUUUUCGGAGGUUUUUGUCACACGAAGCAAAAACUGAGAUGUUUGGGUUCUUUUCUAAAUUAAUUGUGGGUGUUCUGAAAAUACACAUCUUUUUUUAAGUAAGGACUGGAGCACACAGAUGAAUUUACAGCAUUUAUUUUAACAUGACAACAGUUAAUGUCUUCAUCAGUCAGAAUCAAUGGACUUUUUGACUCUGAGGAGGACACAGUAGCAGAUGAUGUGUUAGUCUUUUUCUACAGUAAACACAGUAAAUGAAUCAGUGUGUUUCAGUUUUUAUGCUCCCAAACCAGGUGUGAUGUGUGUUUAGGGUCACUGUCCUGCUGGAAAACCGAGCUGUGCUUAAUAUCCAGCCCUCUUGUCUGAUAGUUUGAGGUUGUGCUGAAAAAGUUUGAGGUCAUCUCACAUACUCCAACUCAACCCAUUUUCUUUUCUGCAGUGCACCAGUUCCACUGUUCGAAAAACAUCCCCAGGUUGAACGGCUCAGUAUCUCCUCUCCUCACAUCACUGUAGAUUCUGUGGCCAGCUCACGGUGUUGUAAAACAAUCUGGAUGGCUCAACUUUCUUAUAGAUAAUAUAGCUGUUUUCUGGUGGUUCUUUGAUUGCAUCUGAUAGCACAAACUAAUGUGCAAUUUCUUCCUGACCUUGUUGUCCACUGCUCCAACUAUUUUGUAAUUUAGUUACAUUUUUAUACAGAAUAAUUUGGGUUAUUAGGAUGUUUUGGUUUGAACAGGAAUUCAUGAUAUAUUAAUCUGUUGUCUGCUUUCUCUAUAUCUUAGAUGAGUACCGUACGUCUUUACAUUAUAAUGAGUGCAGUGGAACUGGCUCUGUUUGCAUGCACACACACAUACAUUUCCAACAGUAUACAGUGAUAAAAACUAACAAGAUGUUGAAGCUGUGUCACAGUGACACUGGAGACUUCUACUCUACCAAGUUAAAAAUACCACAUUGAAUGUACUGUAUAAACUGAAUCCAGGGGAUAUUCAGAAGACCCACAGUACAUUUGUGAAAGAACCUGAAUGUGUUUGUUUGCUUGCUAAUGAUACAUGUUUUUCAAACUUUAGAAAAAGGAGCUAAUUGAAAUUCUUACAUGCCAUGAGCUGCAUAUCUCUUACAAGCAUGUAAAUCUUUUUUAGUUCUCAGUCACAGUAAAAUUAUUUUUGACGCAGGGAAAAGCAACAUAAUCUUGAGACUUUUCAUAUGGCUGUAUUAUCUGUGCUUUGUCGCUGUAAUGAAACAAUAAUUUGUUCAAAUACCAUGUGUCCUUAAUGAAGGCCUUAUUGAGACACGCAAGCCAGGACAGCUGCAAGACUGCUGGCAUUAUUUCAGUCUUUUGCCUUGGCCAAAAACAGAUUUGUGUUUGAGGCGUGUCUUUUUUUUUUUCUUUCUUUCUUUUUUUAAUUUAUUACAGCUGUUAAACAUUCUUGCAGAGUUGCAAACUUACCAGUGCAUGUUUUUCUUUUAUUUUGGACCAACAACACAUCUCACACAUUUAACUGAAGUUAUCAAAUUCAUUGUAACUCUUGGACAACACUUUCCCCUCAGUCAGAUGCACAGAUGCUAUAUUGCUGGAAUUGAUUUUGAUAUUGUGUUUUUUCAACAGUUCACUGUACAGUCUUUAAAUAUUAAAAAUGGUUUUGUUGGCCUUUAGCUGAAAUUGGAUCUUGCUGUUCUGACACUGGUUCACUGCCAGUGGAAUAACUGAUGGUACUGAGAUAUCAGAAAGGUCAAUGAAAUUUUGGCUGACAAUAGCACAACAACGCUGGUCAUGUCCCUUGUCAGCUUUUACUAUAGCACAUUAAUUUAUUAGACCAGUGAUUUCCAUCAGUUCACUGUAGUCUAAAGUUUGGUUUCACUUACAUGGAUCCUGCCCAUGUGAUUGACUGUUUAUUGACUGAAGUGUAUUAAACCAUAAGUCCCACAUGUCACCAUUAUACUGUAUAUGCUACAUGAUGUGUCAUGGAUUGUUAUGGCUGUUUUUGUGACAUGGUCAUGUUGUGUGACCGCAAUUUUCUUUUAACUCUUAAGAACAAUAAGUUUAUAGAAGAGGAGUAAAGACUGGUUUUGCUUGUACAGUCGGACACAGUUGUAACACUGGAUUUUGAGUCUUUGAUCUAAAUGUUGGCAGCUGUGUUUCCUCUGCCUUCUUUCAUUUCAAAGAUGCUGAAAAUGAAAAGGAUUUUGAUUUUGAUUGUGUUUUUGUUUUUAUUUAUCAAAAUGUUUCAGCAGUGCACCAGCAGCUGUGAUGGAAAAAAAUGUCCCCAUAUGUUAUUAUUAUUCUUAUUUUUUUUAAACAAAGGACUUGCAUGAGGAAAAAAUUAUGGAAUCCUUCAGGGGAAUAAUGCAGACUGAAUGUAAUGUGGCUUGCUCGAAAUCUUUUUUCUCUUCUGAAAAUGUAAAUGCAGAAAGUUGUACAAAUCCUCAUGAGACUUUCUACUAUGGAGGAUUCAACAAAACAUCAUGUCUUACAGUGUAAAACCUCUGAGAACACAAGACUAAAUAAUGCCAUUUCAGCUAUACCAAUCAAAAGUGAAGACUGAGAAAGGGUUUGAUCUAUUGUUCUCUAGGGCUUUUUUGUACAUUUUAAGUUGCUUGCGUAAUAAAUGUCAUUCCAAAGACA